CCCACCGCUCUCUCAUUGCUUCCAUUCUGUGUUUCUUUCUUCUUCUUCUUCUCAACAACAAUAUAUAAACAACUCCACCGAUUCACUCAAAAACCCUAAUCAAUUUGCCCCCAAAUUCCCCGAUAUUCUUACUGUUUCCCCUCUUCCAUCGCCAUUUCUUUGCCAAUUUUUCAGCUUCCCCUGUUCUUGUUGGAAGCGUAGGCUGCAAUCUACUUCUUUCUGCUUGCUUGCUUUUUUCUGGCCAUACAGAUUUACAGUGUCUGUAUGUGUGUUCACCGAUUCUAAUGAAUGUGGGCGGGGCGUCUUUGUGGUUUGGAAUUGAGGGUUUUUAGUCUUUUGAUCUAGGGUUUUCUUAUUUCACGACCCAAUUGAUUCUUUGAAUUGGGUUUUGUUUUCUGUGGGUUUGUGAUUUUUUUGUUGUUCUCUUUAAUGGAGAGAUCCAACGGCAGUAGGGACUUCUCCCGACUGCCCUCUCCUUCUUCUACAUCCUCCGCUGCUGGUGUUUCGAACUCAGAAAGUGCGUGUUUUGAUGCAUCCCAGUAUGCCUUUUUCGGUAAAGACAUCAUGGAGGAAGUAGACUUGGGGGGUCUAGACGAGGACGAUGAUAGCGGCAGCAUUCCUGUGCUUGGGGGUUUUGGCGGUGGAGGCGAUGAUGAAUUGCAUGAGUACCAUUUAUUUGAAAAGGAUGAGGUAUUGGGUAACAUUAGCCCUUUACUGUAAGCCCUUGUGUUUUGCGUCACCUCCUAACCUGUCUCGGAAUGGUUGUAUCAGCUGUAUUAAUUUGAAAUUGGAUGUUCAAAUUGGGACUUAAGGGGUUGCAUUGUUUGUUACUAAAAUCUAAGAGCUGACUAUCAUUUUUUGUUUUUUUAAUGGUGCCAGAGUCACAUUCAAUUGCUUGUUUUUUUCUUCUCAUUUGAAUUGUGCUGUUUCCCGCUUGGGAUAAUGCUAAAACCUAAGGAUUGUUUGUUUAAAUGCAAGGGUGUAAUGUAGGUCCUUUGGUCCAAUAAACUAGCAAAAUUUUUGUUACUACAUUUUUGUCACCUUCCAUGAAAAUAUGUUUGAAAUGUAAAACAAAAUCAGCACUUUGCUUAUUGAUUGUGAUGUGAUCAAGUUAGAGAGGAAGGUGUGAUAUUAAAGUAGUCGAAUUUGCUUUGCUUUAAACUAUAAAUUUAGUGCCUUUAUAGUUGAUCAGCAGAUAUGGUUACUAAUUUUUUUAUCAGUAACUUUUUCACGUUGUUGGAAAAUAAUUUCAAGUCCUCGUCUUGCUGGUUGAUAAGAGGUUCAAUUUGUACACUCAAAUUUGUUGCUUAGUUUGAUCUAGACUUCAGGGAACUAUCAUCAAUAAAAGCUGUGGGUUUGUGUUACGUUUGUGAUCUUCUAUAAUGGAAGACUUUUUUGUUGGAUGUGUUGAUAUAGUCUUUUGGUAGCAUGGUCUUGUUAUGAUGGGUAGUAUGUUGUAGACUUCCCUUUGCCAAGAGGUUAAUUUAUGAUUUUGAACUUAUAAUUUUAUUGCUGCAGAAGAGAAAUUUGUAAAUAAUUAUGCAACAUGGUAGAUGUUGUUCAUAUUUUUUAUGCUGCUAAACUGGGAGACAUGGGGUCCUCCUGAUUGUUUAUGCAAUUAAUUGAAUGAAUAGUUCUCUCUCUGUGCUCGUGUUUAAUAUAAAAAUUUAAACCUGUGUAGCUUUCAUUUUUGGGUUUUUCGGUUCUUUGUCUUAGUUGCCUUACACUAGUUCUUUUCCCAAGUGUUCAUUUAGGUCUUAUGUGUGUGUUUUUUCCCUUUUUUCUCAGGGUUCGGUUUUGGGAUCAUUAUCAGAUAUGGAUGAUCUGGCAACCACAUUUGCCAAGUUGAACAGAGCUGUGACUGGACCAAGACAUCCAGGAGUUAUUGGGGAUCGAGGAUCUGGAUCUUUUUCAAGAGAAAGUUCAUCUGUUACAGAAUGGAUGCCGGACACAGAUUAUACUGACUGGUUAGACCAUAUGUCUGACACAGAUUCUUACCAGGAAGGGAAGAGAUGGUCCUCACAACCGCAGCUUUCGUCAGGGAAACCAUUGUAUAGAACGUCAUCAUAUCCUCUUCCACCACCACCACUGCAAAGAACUUCAUCAUAUCCUCAGCAGCAACCGCAGCUGCACCACCACAACAGUGAACCUAUUGUAGUCCCCAAGUCCUCUUUCACUUCCUUUCCUCCUCCUGGUGGCAGAUUGGAACCUGCUUCUCCCCAUGGCUUCUCACAUAAUUUGAACAUUCCAUCUCUUGGUAGUGGGUCUCAAUCUCCCUAUCCAACAUCGAAUGUCUCUCGUUUAUCUAGUAAUCUGCAUCUUUCUGGACUGCCUCAAGGGUUUCAAUAUGGUAGAAACACGAGUCAGUUAAGUACACCUGGUAUCCACCAUAACUCGCUAACCCAAAACCAGUGGGGUGGCCAUGGUAACAUCUUUGACGGGGUUCCUUCUAGUGUCUUAAACAGUAUCUUGAACCAGCAAUUACCUUUCCAGAACGGGUUGUUGUCCCCACAGUUAAUGUCCGCUCAACAACAGCUGCAAGCUAGACUGCAUCUAUCAGUUCAACCAUCUCUUACUCAUUUUUCUGCCUUGCGUCCUCCUGUGUAUAGCAGUUUUCCUUCACCUUCACAUAUGAAUAAGUAUGGUUUAGCUAAUAUUAGAGAUCCAAAGCCUAAAUCAUCGAAGAAGGGAAAACACAGUGUUCGCUUUUCUCAUCAAGGUUCAGAUGCUAGUCAGAGAAGCGAAAGUAGUUUUCCCCAGUUCAGGUCCAAGUAUAUGACUGGUGACGAACUGGAGAGCAUUCUUAAGAUGCAACAUGCUGCAACACAUUGUAACGACCCAUAUGUGGAUGACUAUUAUCAUCAAGCUCGUCUUGCUAAGAAGGCAGCUGAACUGGGAUCAGAACAACGUUUUUGCCCUGCUCAGAAGGAGUCAUCUUCUCGGUCCCGGUCCAGUACAGAAUCACAGCCUCAUCUUCAUUUAGAUGCUCUUGGAAGGGUUUCAUUCUCCUCUGUUCGCAGGCCUCAACCUCUUCUUGAAGUUGACCCUCCUGCAUCAGCUUGUGGUGAAGGCAUGGGAGAACCAAAAUCAUCAGAUAAGCCUUUAGAACAAGAACCUAUGGUUGCAGCUAGAGUUACAAUAGAGGAUGGGCUCUAUCUUCUGCUUGAUGUUGAUGACAUUGACAGGCUCUUGAAAUUCAGUCAGCCCCCAGAUGGUGGAGUUCAGCUCAAACGUAAGAGGAUGCUUCUCUUGGAAGGCUUGGCAGCUUCGCUUCAGCUUGUUGACCCACUUGGUAAAAAUGGUAGCCCUGUACGGUUGGCUCCGAAGGAUGAUAUUGUGUUUCUACGCUUGGCGUCUCUUCCCAAAGGUCGUAAGCUAAUUUCAAAGUUCCUUAAACUUCUAUUCCCUGGUACGGACCUAGCUCGAGUAGUUUGCAUGGCUAUCUUCCGCCAUUUGAGAUUUCUGUUUGGUGGCCUUCCUUCUGAUCCGGAAGCAGCUGAGACCAUUACCACUCUUGCAAAAACAGUAUCAGCAUGUGUUGGUGGGAUGGAUCUUAAUUCUCUGAGUGCUUGUCUUGCUGCAGUGGUAUGUUCUGCUGAGCAGCCCCCUUUGCGACCAAUAGGAAGCAAUGCUGGUGAUGGGGCCUCAGUCAUAUUGAAAUCUGUCCUGGAAAGGGCUACUCAGUUGUUAUCAGGUCCCCAGUCUGCUGCCACCUAUGGCAUGCCUAAUCCUGCACUGUGGCAGGCAUCAUUUGAUGCCUUCUUUGGUCUCCUCACCAAGUAUAGUGUGAGCAAGUAUGAAAGUAUUGUGCAGUCAAUGUACUCCCAGAACCAGCCAAAGUCAGAUCCGGAUGGCAUAGAGGCUGCAAAAGCUGUCAGCAGGGAGAUGCCGGUGGAGCUCUUGCGUGCUAGUCUUCCGCAUACAGACGAACGUCAGAGGAAGAUGUUGCUUAAUUUUGCCAACAACUCGAUGCCCGUCACCGGAUUUAAUGCCCAUAGCGGAAGUAGUGGUCAAAUAAAUCCUGAAUCAGUUAAAGGGAUUAGCUGAGAUUGAGGUCAAUUCUCUCUGGCUGAUGCAUGUGGAUUGCUUUGCUGUAUUAUUAGCAACCGCAAAGCAGAUAUGGUGGUGAUGCGGCAUUUGUGUGUUGUGGCCAAUGGUUACAACACAGCGUUCUUCUGUUUCACCUUUCCCCUGGCACCUAGGUGCCAUUUCUCCCCCUCUUGUUCUUCUUACUCGCACAUUGGAGUUGUAUCCUUCUAACUCUGAUGAAACAUUUUAUAUCAACUGUGUAUUAUGUCUUACAGAUCUUAUAAGGGUUUAGAAUCGAAUGCAUCUUUUCAUAUAUUGGGGGCCGUAUUUUCAUGCUCUCACAAACCUCAAGAAUCCUGCAUGGGAGCUGAAUACAGAGGUUAAAAUGUGUACAGGUUUACUCAUGGACUUUCUUAUGUGAUCCUAGGGCUAGGAUUUUGUUGUUCACUGGCAAACCCAUUAUUUCCCCUUACAAGGGAGGCACCAAGGGAGGAAAACAGUGAAUGAAGGUGACUUUUUUUACUUGUAAUCUGCAGAUGGGAAGGGGUUCAGUGUAUGCUUUUGUUAGUAUCCAUCUAUUGAUCUAUAUAUUUAGGGGGAUUUACUUCUGUGAUCAUCAAAGUUGUAAUAAUUACAGAAAUAUUUUUUACCUUUACCUGAAAUUUGUCAAUGAUGAAUUCCUUUUCAUGAUCGAGUCUCUCUCCCCUUGUCUUUUCUUCUGCUGUCAUGGUGUUGAUUUUAACUCUGUGCUCGAAAGUGUUGUUCCUUUGCUUAUCAUUUCGUUGUCUUUCUUCCAUCAGCAUUGAAAGUUCUGUACCUGAGUGUUGAUAAAGAAUAGUGAAAGGAGUAAAUUAGGUCCCAUGAAUCUUAUUAUUCAUAUAUCGUAU